CUUGUGUAGUUUCCAUUUCUUCAGUUGGCAGAUCAGUGGGGCCCUCCUGCUUGAAUGUUCCAGGAAAGUGAUGUGUGCAGGGCAGGCAGGACAAGCCACCAGUGCCAGAAUGGAUUGCAUAAAAGGCUGAGGCUGGAGGGGAAGGGAGUGCAGGUGGCCAGGGCCUGAUCUGGAGUUUCAACCUGGACACUGAGCCAAGCAGACACACAGAGUGAAACUGAAGUCCUCCUGACCUGGCUCCAGCUUCUCUCCUGCCUUCUAUCGCCAUGGGGCGCAAUCUCAGCUCCCAACUUUGCCUGGUAUCCUUGGUCUUGGGCCUCUUGUCUGGAGGCGUGAGCACGAGUCCAUUGCCGGCGGACCAGCCCCAAAGCUCCUGUUCUCUAGAGGGGGUAGAGAUCAAAGGUGGCUCCUUCCAACUUCUGCAGGGGGGCCAGGCCUUGGAGUAUGUGUGUCCCUCUGGUUUCUACCCGUACCCUGUACAGACUCGCACCUGCAGAUCCACAGGAUCCUGGAGUACUCUGAAGACCGGAGACCAAAAGAUCGUCAAGAUGGCAGAGUGCAGAGCAAUUCGCUGCCCAAGACCACAGGACUUUGAAAAUGGGGAGUACUGGCCCCGGUCUCCCUACUACAAUGUGAGCAAUGAGAUCUCUUUCCACUGCUACCACGGUUACACUCUGCGGGGCUCUGCCAAUCGUACCUGUCAAGCAAACGGCCGGUGGGAUGGGCAAACGGCUAUCUGCGAUGAUGGAGCGGGGUACUGCCCCAACCCAGGCAUCCCCAUUGGCACAAGGAAGGUGGGCAGCCAGUACCGCCUUGAAGACAGUGUCACCUACCACUGCAAACGGGGACUAACCCUGCGAGGGUCCCAACAGCGAAGAUGCCAGGAAGGUGGCUCCUGGAGCGGGACAGAACCUUCCUGUCAAGACUCUUUCAUGUAUGACACUCCUGAAGAGGUGGCAGAAGCCUUCCUGUCCUCCCUGACAGAGACCAUAGAAGGAGUUGAUGCUGAGGAUGGACACAGCCCAGGGGAACAACAAAAGCGGAAGAUUGUCCUAGAUCCUUCAGGCUCCAUGAAUAUCUACCUGGUGUUGGAUGGAUCAGAUAGCAUUGGGGCCAGCAACUUCACAGGGGCCAAGAGGUGUCUCACCAACUUAAUUGAAAAGGUGGCGAGUUAUGGGGUGAAGCCAAAAUAUGCUCUAGUGACAUAUGCCACAGCACCCAAAAUCUUGGUCAGAGUGUCUGAUGCAAGGAGCAGUGAUGCCGACUGGGUCACGGAAAAACUCAACCAAAUUAGUUAUGAAGACCACAAGUUGAAGACAGGGACUAACACCAAGAAGGCCCUCCAGGCAGUAUACAGCAUGAUGAGCUGGGCAGGGGAUGUCCCCCCUGAAGGCUGGAAUCGCACCCGCCAUGUCAUAAUCCUCAUGACUGAUGGCUUAUACAACAUGGGUGGGGACCCAGUCACUGUCAUUGAUGAGAUCCGGGACUUGCUGGACAUUGGCAGGGAUCGCAAGAACCCAAGGGAGGAUUAUUUGGAUGUGUAUGUGUUUGGGGUCGGGCCUCUGGUGGAUCAAGUAAACAUCAAUGCUUUGGCUUCCAAGAAGGAUAACGAACAACAUGUGUUCAAAGUGAAGGACAUGGAAAACUUGGAGGAUGUUUUCUUCCAAAUGAUUGAUGAAACCAAGUCUCUGGGUCUGUGCGGCAUGGUUUGGGAGCACAGGAAAGGUACCGAUUACCACAAACAACCGUGGCAGGCCAAGAUCUCAGUCACUCGCCCUCAGAAGGGACAUGAGAACUGUAUGGGAGCUGUGGUGUCUGAGUACUUUGUGCUGACAGCGGCACACUGCUUCACUGUGGAGGACCAGAAACACUCUAUAAAGGUCAGCGUAGGAGGAAAGAAGCGGGACCUGGAGAUAGAAGAAGUCCUAUUUCAUCCCAACUACAACAUCAAUAGGAAAAAGGCAGAAGGAAUUCCUGAGUUUUAUGACUAUGACGUGGCACUGGUCAAGCUCAAGAGCAAACUGAAGUAUGAUCAGACUCUUAGGCCCAUUUGCCUCCCCUGCACAGAGGGAACAACUCGAGCUUUACGACUUCCUCAGACAACCACUUGUCAGAAACACAAGGAAGAGUUGCUCCCUGCAAAGGACAUCAAAGCUCUGUUUGUGUCUGAGGAAGAGAAGAAGAUGACACGGAAAGAGGUCUAUAUCAAGAAUGGUGACAAGAAAGCCAGCUGUGAGAGAGAUGCUCAAUAUGCCCCAGGCUAUGAUAAAGUCAAGGACAUCUCUGAAGUGGUUACCCCCAGGUUCCUCUGCACUGGAGGGGUGGAUCCCUAUGAUGACCCCAAUACUUGCAGAGGUGACUCUGGUGGCCCUCUGAUCAUUCACAAGAGGAGUCGCUUCAUUCAAGUUGGUGUGAUCAGCUGGGGAGUAGUGGAUGUCUGCAAAGACCAAAGACAACAACGGCAGGUACCUGCUCAUGCCCGGGACUUUCACAUCAACCUCUUCCAAGUGCUGCCCUGGCUCAAGGAGAAACUCAAAGAUGAGGAUUUGGGUUUCUUAUAAAGGGUUUCCUGCUGAAAGGGGGCUUGAGAUCAAAUUAAAAAAGCUGCGACA